GGCUUCACUGCAGAGAUAACUCUUUGCAAACUUAGCUUUUAACCUAUGAAGUCAAGGUCUAAACAAGCUUGAGAUCCAGAGCCCACGCACCAUGAAAACAAUCAUUGCUGCCUAUUCCCAGAACCAGAGUGGGAGUCGUGCCAGCGUCCAGGCUGCCCUUCACACUCUGCUCGAUGUCCGCUGGCCUUCCCCCCAACAUGUCAAGGCCUGCACCCAGCUGCUGUCAGUCCUCCAGUGGGUUCUCAGUUUCCUGCUGAUGGGGACAGUUUUCCUGCUUCUCUUCACCUGUCUGUUUUUCACCAGUUUCUGGCCUCUUCCUGCUCUCUACAUGUCCUGGCUUAUUUUUGAUUGGGGCACACCUGAAAAAGGUGGGAGGAGUUCUUCCUGGGUACGGAAGUGGACCAUCUGGAAUCAUUUCCGAGAUUAUUUUCCUGUUCAGCUGGUGAAGACUCAUAACUUGCUCCCAAGCCACAAUUAUAUUGUUGGCAUCCACCCCCACGGGAUCCUCUGUGUUGGUGCUUUCUGCAACUUUGUCACUCGUUCCACGGGUUUCUGUGAAAAAUUUCCAGGCAUCAAGGCCUCCCUGGCUGUCCUGGCAGGCAAUUUCCGCUUGCCUGUUUUCAGAGAAUACUUGAUGAGUGGAGGUAUGUGUCCUGUGACCCGCCAAGCGAUCGGGCACCUGCUGUCCAAGAAUGGCCCUGGGAAUGCUGUGGUGAUUGCAGUGGGGGGCGCAGCUGAAUCACUCGCCUCCAGGCCAGGACUCCUCACCUUAACUCUUAAAAACCGCAAAGGCUUUGUCCGAUUGGCACUCCAGCAUGGGGCCCACCUGGUCCCCUCUUUCUCUUUUGGAGAGAAUGACCUUUUCCAGCAGGCAGUCUUUGAAGAAGGCACCCGCCUGAAGAGCUUUCAGAACAGGUUUCAAAAACUGUUUGGCUUUGCGCCCUGUUUCUUUUAUGGAAGGGGAUUCACCUCUGUUCGUUCCCGAGGCUUCCUGCCUUUCCCCAGGCCUGUUACCACCGUCAUUGGAGAGCCUGUGACUGUGCCCAAGAUUGAGCAGCCAAGCAGCAGGACAGUGGAUGCCUACCACGCCAUGUAUGUUCAAGCGCUGCUCAAACUCUUCAAUGACCACAAAGCCAAGUACGGUCUGUCAGAGACAGACAAGCUGCAGAUCCUGUGACCGAGGCUCAAGUGGAGGGGGAGGGCGGGGCUUGCCAGACCUCUGCUCCUGAGGGUGUGUCAGUUCUCAGGCCCUUGAGAAAGGAAGUUCUCUGCCUCAGUCAAACUUUUGGUGGGUUCGGUGGCUCUUCAGCAAGUGCUCCCAUUCCUAGAUCUGGUAUAUGACUGUUUAAUCUGAAAAGCUGCACUUUACCUCCUUCAUUUUCAGCGUAGAGGAGAGGCCAAAUUCAGGUUCAGGCCCCAGCACUAGCCUUGGCUCCAGCAUAAGCACAACAGUUUAGUUUGCACAGCUAACCUGGUUCUCCACCCAAUUCCAAAAGAACUGGACUUAGGCCAAAGCACGUAUUGUAUAAAGACAGCCCAAGAGCAACAGUAACGUGGGUUGGUGCUACAUAUACUGCUGCUUGGGGGACAGUUCUGAGCCAAAAUGUUUCUUCCUGCUGUGUGCCUGUUCUCCACCUGCAUGGGGCUGUUUUCAAAUUCCCACUGUUGAGAAAACAGUGGUUCAUCCCCUAAUGUGGGAAACAGGGAAGACCAAUUUGUGUGUGUGUGUUACAUGCUAUCAAAUAACUGCUGGUUUAUGGUGGUCUUAUGAAUUAAUGAUCUCCAAAAUGUCCCAUCAUUAACAGCCUUGCAAACUCAGAACUGUGGACUGUUAAGGCUUUCAUGGCUGAAUUCA